AUGAUCCACAACGCCCGAGUUGCCGUCCUGACGUCUGUCGCUGCUGUCCUGCGCGAGCACGACACGCUGUCUGGAUGCCCUCACAUUGCCGAAAUGGUGAGCGCGUACUUGGACGCGUCGUCCAAGUGGUCCAUCGAGCGCGCUGCGUGCGCCGGGCACCUGACGCUCUUGGACCGCUUGGGCGCGCAAGAGCUGCCCGUGUCCCCGCGGGAACUCGACUGGGCGCUCCGCACGGCAGCUGACCGCGGCGACUUGGCCGUCGUCCAGUGGCUCACGGCCUACCAACCGGACAUGGAGUGCUCCACGCGGGUCAUGGACUCGGCGGCCCUGCGCGGCCACUUGCAAGUGAUCAAGUGGCUACACAACUACCGCGACGAGGGCUGUACGACCGCUGCGAUGGACAGCGCCGCAGCGUACGGUCGGCUCGACGUCGUCCAGUGGCUCCAUACGAACCGUCUCGAGGGCUGUACGACCGCUGCCAUGGACAGCGCCGCGGCCGGCGGCCACCUCAACACCGUGCAGUGGCUCACGCUGAACCGCUCCGAAGGCUGCACGAGUGUCGCGUCGCACUUUGCGCUGCUCAAUGGCCACAUGGACAUCUUGCGCUGGCUGAACGAGCAGAGCGUGCGCGUGCAGGACGCGAAGAAGGCCAUGGGCGGCCCGACGUCGCUGCGCUGGUCGCGGAGGGAGCGGCGGCUGAGCGCGACGGGACUGGACGCGCCCCGCCAUCGCCCGCGUCGGUUGAGCACGGGCCUUUUGUAUCGGAACUAA